GUCAGUGAGUGAGGAUUGAGGUUAAAGAAGUUGAAGAAGUGAAUUUGGAAAUAAAAAAGCAUAUUGCCUCUUGCGAUCGCAUUGGAUUAACUUUUAAGUUUCAAUUAAAGUACUUUUUAUAAAAUGCAUAAGACCGGUGCUACAAGAUAUCAAAAAUUUCUCAAAGCCGAGAAAGCAAAAACUAAACUGAAAGGAAAAAAGGACAAAGAAUUACCUAAAGGUACGAAUGUAACUAAGACAAAUUUUAAAGUAAAAAAGAUCGUGAUAAAAGAGCAACUCAAAAAGCAUGUACAAUCAGAAACACUUUCUACUCGAAAACUAAAUGUUAAGGAAUUGCUUACCAGGCUAAGCCAUUUUAAUACAAAUUCUCGCACUGAUGCAUUAGAUGGUUUGAGGGAAAUCAUAAGUUCCGAUGUUCAGAUUCUAGAACAAAGUCUUGGACCAGUUAUUCAAGGAGUUACUGCAUUAAUUUUAAACGUGGAGAAAGUGGUCAGGCAAGCUGCUCUAAAAGUACUACAUUUGGUCUUAUCAAAUGUUUCUUCAGAGAAGAUAGAACCAUUUUAUGAUGUAAUGUCAACAUAUUUGAGAAGUGCAAUGACACACAUAGACAACAGAAUACAAGAAGAUUCACUUUUAUUCCUUGAUAUAUUACUGCUGUGUGCAUCAGACAAAGCUGCAAGAGAUUUUCAUAAAAUAAUACCCAAUUUUCUAGAUAUGAUUUCUAAGUUAAAAACAGACAAGCCUGGAAGAACAUUGACAGUAAAUUUAAACUCACAAAUAACAAGUGUAAAGUGGAGAGUUAAAGUGCUUAACCGGUUAAAAGAUUUUUUAAAUAAGUUUGCCAAUUAUAAAACAUGUGAUUCUAAAAAUAUUGGUGUUAAGGUAACCAAAAGAUUUAAUGCGAGCAAUGGAUCAAACUACUUUGCUUUGUUUAAUUCAAUCUAUGUGUCUAAUUGUUAUAUAUCAUGCUUCUCUGCAAAAAGUUCUGAUGUUGUGAUACACAUUAAUGAAGUGGAAAAGUUCGAGGAAUAUAUAGAAAUGUUGAUGCCUUUGCUUAUUGAAACAUGGCUUGAAGCUUGUCCAAGCUUACAGGCAAAUAAAAAAAUGGAGACUGUUAUAUCAGAAGAUGCAGGUCUGUUACUGAAGCACACUCUUGAAGUUAUUUCAACAAUCUGGCACCUUGUUCAAUUUUAUAACUGUAGAACACCAAGCUCAAAAAUAGAAAACAAAUUUUGCCAAAGGUACAGACAGUUAUUUGAACAAAACAUUUGCAGCUCAUUCCCAUAUGUUACCAAUGUAAGAAAUAAGCAGAUGUCAACUACAGAUCCUAAUUUUGAAGAUGUAUUGACUGAUCCAAAACUGAUCAAAGAAAAUCUUACAAUUUGUCACUUAUACAUAAUGCUCAACCCUAAUGUAAGUGUUAAGAAUCAUGGUAAUGAAGUAAGUGCAGUACUAGACUAUCUCAGUAAGAACUUUGAUCCUAAAUCAAGUGAAUACAUAAAUAAACUUAUAUUAGAUAUACUGUAUGAAACAUUUCAUAGUUGCGUCAAUGGGUGGACUAAAACUGCAUCUGUAUUGGACCCAAUAUUCAUAAAAAUUUUAAAUUCUUAUAUGAGACAUGAGCUGCCUGAUGAACUUCAACACAAAAUAUUUUCAUUAUUGUGUGAAAUUUCCCUUAACGACAAUUUAAAUCACUUUCAUUCAAAUUACCUUUUUCAAGAAUGGUUAAAGGAUUUGCCUAAUAUUUUACUUGGUAAAUCGGUUACAAAGCAAACAGUUGAGACCAUUCACAAGUUGGCUACAACUAAAAAUAAGACCUUUAACACUGUCUUCAAACCAAAGUUGUUCAAUAUUAUUCAAAACUUACCUUCAAUCACGAUAUCUGAUUCUAAUGAAGUUUCAUCUGAUUAUGAUAAAUUAUUGUCACUUCUUUACUGGAUUAAAGUAUGGGACACAGAAUCAUUAAAUUUAUUAGAAAAACAAUUGUUAAUGGACAAUGUUUAUAAGAGUGACCAUGAAAAAUAUUUAUAUGAUACUUUAAGAUUGAGAAGUGGAGAAAUAUAUUAGUAAAAUAAAAAUGUCAUAUGGGGAAA